GCCUCCGGUCGCCCACACCCUCCGUGCCGGUCACUCACUCAGCAAAGUACACAGCGAGGUUGGACAGCGUCCAUGUUAUGGCACAGGCCUUGUCCACCGCCACUAUCGCCGCAGUCGGCUUCACUUGCAAGGCCUUCCUCAAUUCAGGCCUUUGUUCCAUCAAAGUCUCAAACCUUGCUUCCUUGCUCAACGCCCUGGAAAACCGCCGGGAUGGCCAAGGUGUCGUGACAGUGGCGAACCAUAUUUCUGUCUUGGACGACCCUGUCACAUGGGGAAUAUUGCCCUCGAGCUACUACUUCUCACCUAAGCGAAUACGAUGGUCUCUCGGUGCUGCCGACAUUAUGUUCACAAACCCUGUCUUCUCGGCAUUCUUCCGUAAAGGACAGGUUUUCGAGACUUUCCGGGGGAGAGGCAUUUUCCAGCCCGCUGUCGACGGUGCAAUACGUCAACUAGACUCCGGCGGCUGGGUACAUUUAUUCGGUGAAGGCAAGGUCAAUCAGCCAAGCACCUACCCGAUCAUAGAUGGUGUGGCACAUCUUCCCCGAUUCAAGUGGGGCGUUGGUCAUAUCCUCAUGGAGGCAAAAGAACCACCCAUAAUUGUGCCUAUGUGGCUCACAGGUUUUGACAAAUUGAUGCCCGAGGGUCGGAAGGCGCCGUUCAAAUUCUUGCCCAAGCUCAACGUGGAGCUAGGAGUGGCUUUCGGCGAGUCAUUGCACCACAAAGAGAUAGCUGCCAUAGCCGCGCACAGGCGAUCUGCUAAAUUAGCCUUGGGACAACCAUUAUCUCUGGAGGCCAACGAACGCAAGUUGGCUCGGAGCAAUAUCACAGCAGUUGUUCAGCAAUCUGUAGAACGUCUCGGUCGAGAGGUAUCUGGACACUUGCUUGACCGGCCACGGACGUAGCCUUCUCUGGAUAAAUGUGCAUAGAUAUUAAAUGACUAGACUUAGAGACCAUUGUGGCCACAUGUUAUCAUUGGUGUUAUAACUACAUCAAUAGCUGAGCUGCAACGUUUCACGUCAUUGUGCAAAUAGCUGGAGCCAAAGUCCACGUUACGCAGGAGUAACCACUGUACUUAGAGACACGAGGGUGGAGAUGAGCUUUGUUAGCGCCUCACGAGGACGAACGCGCGAGACACGGUAAAC